AUGCUGCUACAAUCAGUCCUGUCGAUUUUGUGUCUUGUGGGUGUCGUGUCUGCGAAACACCACCCAACAGUCUAUCUUAUCCGCCAUGGCGAAAAGCCCGAAGAUAAACGCGAUCCUGGACUCAACCGGGAAGGAGAGAUGCGCGCACAGUGCCUACGACACGUGUUUGGCAAGAACUCGGGACAUAACAUCGGACAUAUCAUGGCACCGCGUGUGAAAAAAGGCGGUGCACGUGGACGUUCCCUUUAUACGGUGCUUCCACUGGCCGACGAUCUCGGUCUCACGGUCGAUACUUCCUGCGAGCGGAAUGAUGUGGAAUGCGUGGUCGAUGCGGUUCAUUCGCAUAAGAGACCGGGUGAUAUCCUGAUCGUAUGGCGACACGGGGAUAUGGGUGAUAUUGUGGAGGCCCUCGGUGCUACCGAGCAGAUCGAGUAUCCGAAGAAGCGGUUCGAUCUCAUCUGGACGGACCCAUGGCCGUAUAGGAAGGUGGUGGAUAUCACCAGUGAGGCGUGUCCUAUAUUGGACGAACGGCUGCGUAGUCAUGCGCAGGCAUUUGACGGUCUACUGUCCUUGAUCCCCGCCAAAUAUUAUUACGGCGAAGAAGAUACUAGCGAUCAAUGGCAACGCAAGAAGCAGACUAAAGAACAAGCCCGUGAAGCGAAGCGUGCGAAGCUGGAUCCUGAAGCCGCCGUGUCCAAGACCGCUAAAGACGUGAUGGACGAGAACGCUCGCAAGCGUAAGCGGGAGGACGGGACCCUCGAGUCCGACCAGUCCGACGGAGAGCUGGGCACAGAAACCCCCAAGGAGGGACUGAACCGCGGAAACGUCAACUCCAAGAAGCAAAAGCCGGUUGAAAAGUCUGAUAAGGCAGACCCUGCCAAGGCAGCCGCCGCCGAGGAACGCAGAAAGCAAAAGCAAGAGAAGAUCGCACAGAAGAAGGCCAGCCAAAAGGAAAAGAAGAAGGCCAAGGAGAAUGCACGAAAGGAGAAGGCUCAGGAAAAGAAGCCGUCGACUACCGUUACUGAGGCCUCGGAAAAAUCUGCACCUAAGUCCAACGGCACUUCAGCCAAGGAUGCUGAAGAAUCUGCGGAUGAGGAAAAUGACGACGAAGAAGAUGACGGUGUAGUCGAGGAAGGGUUCUCCAUCGAGUUCAACCCUGAACAGGAAAAGUCCUCUUCUGCCUCAUCCACUAACUCUCCCAACUUCGAUGCCUCAAAUCCCCAAUCCGGCAGCUCCUCCACCUCAUCCAUCGUUCCCCCCUCCGCCUCCACCGAAGCCAAAUCCUCAGAGCCCAAACCCCUCAAGCACACACCCGAAGAGCUGAAGCAGCGCCUACAGAAGCGUCUGGACGAGCUCCGUGCCAAGCGCCACGCAGAUGGCCUUAACGGCAAGCCCGCCCGCAACCGCCAAGAGCUGAUCGAAGCUCGCCGCCAAAAGGCUGAGCAAAGAAAAGCACACAAGAAGGAACUGCGCCAAAAAGCCAAAGACGAGGAACAGCUCAAGGAAGAUGAGGCCAUGGCACGCCGCUUCUCCCCCGGCGGCUCGGGAUCCCUGCUUGCUUCUCCCCGCUCCCCCGCCGAGUCCGUCGGCUCAGCCAGCAACAACUUCUCAUUCGGCCGUGUAAUGUUCUCAGACGGCCAGCAGACCGAUGCCAGCGGCGCCGAUGUCCGCGACAAGCCCAAGACCACUGGAGCACGUGACCCUGCUGCGCAACUCAAGGCCGCGGAGGCCAAGAAGGCCCGCCUCGCCGAGAUGGACCCGGCCAAGCGCGCCGAUAUCGAAGACAAGGACCUCUGGCUGAACGCCAAGAAGCGUGCCCACGGCGAGCGUGUCCGGGACGACACCUCUCUGCUCAAGAAGGCCCUCAAGCGCAAGGAGACCGCGAAGAAGAAAUCCGAGCGCGAGUGGCGGGACCGCAUCGACACCGUCGCCAAAUCCAAGGAGCAGCGCCAGAACAAGCGUGAAGAGAACCUCCGCAAGCGCCGGGAUGAGAAGGGCUCCAAGGGUGGCAAGAAGAAGCCGUCUAGCGGCGGCAAGAAGAAGGCUCGUCCUGGAUUUGAGGGCAGCUUUAAGGGUGGCGGUAAGAAGAAAUGA